AUGGCCCUCGUUCGUGAACGACGCCAGUCAAAACUCGGCCUCCGGUUGCAGGAAAUCUCCGAGCGCCGCCCUCGUUUCCCUCUACCCCUCCCUCCCACCACCACAUCCCAACAAUCGACAACCACCACCGUCGCCGAAUUGGAAACUGUUCAAGUUCUUGGUCACGGAAACGGCGGCACCGUCUACAAAGUAGUGCAUAAGAAAACGUCUAACGUCUUCGCUCUCAAGGUUGUACAUGCCGACAGUGAUCCGAUGAUGCGCCGGCAGAUAUUUAGGGAGAUGGAAAUUCUUCGAAGAACGGAUUCACCUUUUGUGGUUCACUGUCAUGAAAUAUUCGAGAAGCCUGACGGGGAUAUUGCGAUACUGAUGGAAUACAUGGACGCCGGGACACUAGACUCGCUACUGAAAAACGGUGGGAGUGGAACGUUCACGGAAAAGUCGCUUGCCGACAUCGCGCGUCAGAUUCUCAACGGACUUAACUACCUCCAUGCCCACAAGAUCAUUCAUAGAGAUAUCAAACCAGCAAAUCUUCUCGUGAACAAAAAUAUGGAAGUGAAGAUUGCCGAUUUUGGAGUAAGCAAGAUCAUGUGCAGGACGCUCGACGCCUGCAAUUCCUACGUCGGCACGUGCGCCUACAUGAGCCCAGAACGGUUCGAUCCCGACACUCACGGUGCCAACUAUAAUGGUUACUCCGGCGAUAUCUGGAGCUUGGGGCUGACGAUGUUCGAGCUUUACAUGGGUCAUUUUCCGUUCUUGCCGGCCGGUCAGAAACCUGACUGGGCGACGCUCAUGUGUGCUAUAUGUUUUGGGGAACCACCAAGCCUGCCGGAAGGAGUUUCCGACGAGUUUCGGAGCUUCAUAGAGUGUUGUUUGCAGAAGGAUUCUAGCAAGAGGUGGACAGCCUCGCAGCUACUUUUGCAUCCAUUUUGUAAACAACCUGAAAAUUAA